AUGAGCAACAAGGAGCGGUACGUCAGCAAAGGCUUUCUGUAUGAGUGCCGAGUCAAUCAACAGUCGAACUGUGAGAACUGUCCCGGGGUGUCGUCGGUGUCCCAUGACAUCGUCGGCUGUGCGACCUUCGAUGCCCUAGAUAACCCGAUCGAACAUCCGUUCGGUGCCAGGUGGAUUGAGCAGGGCAGUCAGUCACAGUUCAAGUUCACGAUGGAGUGUGAGAAAAACGGCUCCGAGGUGAAGAAGCGCGUCGUGCAAUGCGGCUUCGAAACGAGCACCGGAGCGGCCAGGUUCAUCGACGUCAGGUGCAUGCAGAGGAUCGGGUCAAAGCUGGUCGCCUGCAUCAGUCGACCAGACGGAAGUGUCGAAAUUCAGAUUCACCCUGUGCCUGUCGACGGCAGCAAAACCAUCACGUUGUCCAACCUGGGUCUCAGUUACUGCUGA